UGGCAGAGGAUUAUAGCAGCACCUAUACUGUCGUUUUAGUAAUUAUGCAUGAAGAUGGUCAGUUUCAUACUGCAAUUUGUUAUUGAAGGAUGACACAUAAUAUCAUUUUAGAACACCAUCAUGAACGAUGGAAGAUUAUUUCCAACUCGUACUACAUCAAUACAUGAAUUGUGUCACUGAAAUAAAAUAAACAAUUGUUGGCAGGCUUGUCUGUUGAUGGUGAUUCACAAGGAGUUGAACGGUUAUUUGGUGCUCUUUCUGCUCAUAUGUGGCCUGGGAUGAUCUUAAAGUCUGGUGAUAAAAUAAGUGAACCAUCAAUACCUCAGAAAGAGUCUUCUUCAAAAGAAUCUGAUUAUGAAUUGGAGUAUGAAGUCCUAUCUGAUGGUUCAGCUGAUCCUUGGGAUGACACAGAACAAAGAUGGGUUUCUGCUACUCCCUUAGAUGCUGGAAAAUCAGUUUCACAAAACAACCCCAUCUCAGAUUCUGAACUCAAAGAUGGAACCAAGUCUGAUAAAAAUUUACAACCAUCAACUUCAAGCACUGUAUUGCAGGAUGAGGGUGACAAGGAAGUUGGGGAUUCUGAAGAAGAUGGGGUAUUAGGCAAAGGUCUUGACUUGGAGGAUUUGGAACAGCUAAUGUCAGAGAUAGGCAAUAUGCGUGCUGGCUUAAGAUUGAUGCCUGAUUUCCAGAGAAGGGAAAUGGCUGCAAAGUUGACCUUGAAAAUGGCUUCCGUGUUUGGGGGAGGUAGGACGAUGAAGAUGAACUAUAGAGAAUAAAUUGUCCUGUGCUUAUGAGAUUCUGAUGAAUGUCAUUGUUUGGAAUCUUAUAAGCGCCAUCUCUCUUACACAAAAAUCCGAGGUUUUCUCAUGCUCCUUGCGACUCAUGGUUAUUUUUCCGGAACACACAUUCCGUUCAAAAUGGAAUCUCUAGUCACGCUCACGGUGCCUUUUCAGGGUUUUAAUGCUGUGACAUGCUCAGAUAAUUUAUUAUACAAAGUGCAAGCACUGUACAGGGUGUCUUAAAUAUCUGGUCUGGUGCAGAGUGUUUUAAAUAUCUGGUCGUGAUUUUUUUUUCUCGGUCUGUAAAAAUAUCUCGUAGUGUCAGUUAUGCGCUUUUUAGAUAAGAUCAAAUCCAAGUUGCACUUAGG